CAGAACGGGAACCGAGGCUGAGCGAGAAUAAGCCGUAGCCUUAGUUGGGGGUAACACAAACACACACUCAGUGUGAACUCAGUGCUUCCAGAAAUCCGACAGGGCUGGGCUCAGGCUGGAGAGAGAACCAGAGGCAGCAGCGACACCAAGAAGAGAGGAUGCACUGGAGGGAGACAGCAGGAACAGACGGCCUUUAGGCCUCUCUCUCUCUCUGCCGCCUCCUCCACUGAGGAAGAAGAAAGCAGCAGCAGGCGGAACCUUCGUACGCCUGGUAAGAGGGCUACGUUUCCGACCCGAGGAGUUUCGUCGUCGUACGCGACGCUCAGGAGCGAUUUGCCACGUCUGAGAGCGGCCGAGAGACCCGUCGGUGGAAGCGGAGUCGGGGGAGCCGGAGCCGCCAGGAUUCCUCCGCCGCCGCCAUGGUGUCUGUAAUUAAUACCGUUGACACUUCCCAUGAGGACAUGAUACAUGAUGCUCAGAUGGAUUAUUAUGGCACUCGGUUGGCAACCUGCUCCUCGGACAGGACAGUGAAAAUAUUUGAUGUAAGAAAUGGAGGACAAGUUCUCAUAGCUGACUUAAGAGGACAUGAAGGGCCUGUGUGGCAAGUUGGCUGGGCACAUCCCAUGUACGGAAACAUCUUGGCCUCCUGUUCCUAUGACAGGAAGGUGAUUAUCUGGAAAGAAGAAAAUGGUACCUGGGAAAAGACAUAUGAAUACACCGGACACGAUUCAUCAGUGAAUUCUGUGUGCUGGGCCCCCCAAGACUAUGGAUUGAUCCUGGCAUGUGGUAGCUCUGAUGGGGCCAUCUCGCUAUUGAGCUACACUGGUGAUGGACAGUGGGAAGUCAAAAAAAUCAGCAAUGCACACACAAUUGGCUGCAAUGCUGUUAGCUGGGCCCCUGCUGUUGUACCAGGAAGCCUAAUAGACCAGCCCUCCAGCCAAAAACCAAACUAUAUUAAACGUUUUGCAUCCGGUGGCUGUGACAACCUUAUCAAGAUUUGGAAAGAAGAAGAUGGCCAGUGGAAAGAAGAACGGAAACUCGAAGCUCACAGUGACUGGGUCAGAGACGUAGCGUGGGCUCCCUCUAUAGGUUUGCCGACAAGUACUAUUGCCAGCUGCUCACAGGAUGGCAGAGUGUAUAUCUGGACAUGUGAUGAUGCCUCUGGCAACUCAUGGACAGCAAACUUGCUACACAAGUUCAGUGAUGUAGUCUGGCAUGUUAGUUGGUCAAUCACUGCAAAUAUUCUUGCUGUGUCUGGAGGAGACAAUAAAGUAACGUUAUGGAAAGAAUCUGUGGAUGGACAGUGGGCAUGCAUCAGCGAUGUCAAUAAGGGCCAAGGAGCCGUAUCUGCUAUUACAGAAGGGCAGCAGAAUGAACAGUGACAAAUGGGUUUAUAGCGGACUAGAAUUAUCAGUGCAAGAAAAUAGAUAUGAUUUUGUAUUACUUUUCUUAUUAAACCAGAUCUCUCAAAUCUUAAGCAAAAAUGUAAUUUCUGAUUAACAUCCUGUAACUACUUUUGUCAAAAUGAUACACCAUAGCAUUGAUCUUUAGCCUUGACAUUUUGUAAGUUUUAAAGGCAAACUACAGCAGAAGGUAUUCAGUAUAUUGUUUGUUAUAUAUUUUUAAAUACCAGUUUACAUUCUGAAUAAUUUUACUGGAAAACAUUGAAGGUUUCUCUAUGAAUUCCUUUCCAUUAAGAGGUUAUGUUUCUGUCAGUUUAUACUCUCCUUCAGAAUGACUCAUUUUGUUGACUGCAGUGUUCAUCAGAAAUCCAAUAACGUUGGAGAGCUUCAGAAAACAACUUGAGCAUAAGAGGGAGAGAUGUGAGCUGUCAUUUAUCUGUGGAAGAAGAGCCAGAAAUGCAAAGUUCUUUGUCUUACAGUUUGCCUUCUUAUUUAUGAUUGACAAUAUUUAAAAACCUGAUCUCCAUUAUACUACAAAGUGAAGUUACAUCAGACCAUUUUUGUGUCCUGAAUUUGGCUUAAAAGAAAACUGAAUAAAGACUUAUUCAAAUGUUUGGAAAGGA